AUGACUUUUCGGCGAGGGUCUGGUCUUUAUUUAGCGCUGCUUGGAGCGGACUCGUGGGUAAAUGUUGCACUUGAGAGCUGUAGAAAAGCAAACCCAGUGAUGGCCUCGGCUCCUAUAGCACCUUACAACUCCAGUCCUCUGGGGAACAGCUCCAGCCCAAACGCGUCCAGAGAAAGCCUGAAGAUGGAGCCGCUGGCAGAUGUUGCCAUGCUGCCGGGAGAAGAGAGAGUGAUCGAUAAAGACAUCAUCUACAUCUGCCCUUUUAAUGCUGCAGUCAAAGGAAAGGUGUUCAUCACCAACUACAGACUCUACUUCAAGAACACUGACUCCGAGUCGCCAGUUACCCUGGAUGUGCCAUUAGGUGUAAUAAGCCGUGUAGAGAAGAUGGGCGGAGCCUCCAGUCGAGGAGAGAACUCCUAUGGACUUGAAAUCACCUGCAAGGACAUGAGGAACCUGCGAUUUGCUCUGAAGCAAGAAGGCCACAGUCGAAGAGACAUCUUCGAGAUUAUUUUCAAAUAUGCUUUCCCACUGUCUCAUGGAAUGCAACUCUUUGCAUUUCUGAGUCAGGAGAAGUACGAGGAGAAUGGCUGGAACGUUUAUGAGGCCAUGGAAGAGUACAGGAGGCAGGGUCUACCCAAUAGUGAGUGGAGGGUCACUUUCAUCAAUAAGAACUACGAGCUGUGUGACACCUAUCCUACAAUUCUUGUUGUUCCAUACAAGGCCACAGAGGAAGAUCUUAAAAGAGUCGCUACCUUCCGCUCCCGCUGCCGCAUCCCGGUGUUGUCAUGGUUCCAUAAAGAGAACCAUGCUGUGAUCACGCGGUGUAGCCAGCCAUUGGUGGGAAUGAGCGGCAAGCGCAACAAAGAUGAUGAACGUUAUUUGGACCUAAUCCGCGAAGCCAAUGGUACCACCAAACUCACCAUCUAUGACGCCAGGCCUAAUGUCAAUGCAGUGGCAAACAAGGCCACAGGAGGGGGUUAUGAGGGUGACGAUGCAUAUCAGAACGCCGAGCUGGUCUUUCUGGACAUCCAUAAUAUCCAUGUCAUGAGGGAGUCACUGAAGAAGUUAAAGGACAUUGUCUACCCCAAUGUGGAGGAGUCUCAUUGGCUCUCCAGCCUGGAGUCCACCCACUGGCUAGAGCAUAUUAAGCUGGUGCUAUCAGGGGCCAUUCAGGUGGCUGAUAAAGUGUCUUCUGGGAGCUCUGUGGUGGUGCACUGCAGUGACGGCUGGGACCGCACGGCUCAGCUCACCUCUCUGUCCAUGCUGAUGCUGGAUUCAUACUACAGGACUCUCAGGGGCUUCCAGGUGCUGCUGGAGAAGGAAUGGAUCAGCUUCGGACACAAGUUCGCUUCAAGAAUCGGCCAUGGAGACAAAAACCAUGCAGAUCAGGACAGGUCACCUAUCUUCGUGCAGUUUAUUGACUGCGUGUGGCAAAUGACUAAACAGUUCCCAACAGCGUUUGAGUUUAAUGAACGUCUCCUGGUGGUAAUCUUGGAUCACCUGUACAGCUGCCGCUUUGGCACUUUCCUCUACAACUGUGAGAGUGCCCGUGAAAGCAAUAACGUUCGGGUGAAGACUGUGUCGCUGUGGUCUUUUGUCAGUAGUGACACGUCUUUCUAUGUAAACCCCUUCUACACACCAGAGUCCAGUCGCGUGCUUUACCCUGUAGCCAGCAUGCGCCACCUAGAGCUUUGGGUGACUUAUUACAUUAGGUGGAACCCUCGCAUACAACAACAGCAACAGAGUCCAGUGGAGCAGCGCUAUAAGGAGCUACUGGUGUUGAGGGAUCAGUACCUGAAGAAACUAGAGGAACUGCAGCUCUCAGACUCCGCCCCCUCCCCCACCCACUUGACAAACAGCUCCACCCCCAACGCUGCCACGCCCAAUCAGCACAUCACACACUUACAGACACCGUUUUGAUCCCACUCAAUAACUGUUACAGACGAUGGACAAUUGUACAUAGCAAUAGUGAUAAUUAUGGUAACACAAUAAGUAGUGAUGUCGACGAUAACAAGUAAAAAAACAAUUAUGCAGUAAACCGCAGUACGCAAAAAAAA